CGCGUUUAAAUGAAUACGCAGACAUUUUGUUGUUCCAUAUCCAUGUGUUUUAAAGAUUCAUGCUCUUUACUGUCAUGCUCGCUGACAACAUUGUUUUGAGGCACAAAGCCGGAAGUGGUUGCUUGUAUUUUGCGUUACUUGUCACAAAAAGUCCCCUUUGUGAAUCACCUCAACAAACAACGAGGCCUGGCUGGAUGUCAUCAUGUGAGAAGGUUGGGCUCUCUCUUUAGAUACAGUCGGCACUCUCCAGCUUCACUUACUUCCACUCAAACACCGAGAAUGGACGACUGUUGUCAGCAGACCCCACUGUUUACAUUCGGUGUGAUAGCUGACAUUCAGUACGCAGAUAUAGACGACGGCUUUAAUUACUCCAAGACGAGGAAGCGUUACUACCGGAGCAGCCUGGAACUGCUGAGAAAUGCCCGGGAAAGUUGGACCGAGUCGGCUGUCAAACCUCAGUUCAUCCUCCAGCUGGGAGACAUUAUCGACGGCUUUAAUAAGGAGCACAACGCGUCCCAGCAGGCCCUGGACAGCGUGCUGAGAGAGUUCAGCUCCAGCCCGAUGGAGGUCCAUCAUGUGUGGGGUAACCACGAGUUUUAUAACUUCAGUAGGAGCGUAUUGUUGCGUUCAAAGCUUAACAGCACACUCCACGUCGACAGGAGCUUCACUGGAGCCCAGGCCGGGGGUGAAAUAUACGCCUACCACUUCAGCCCGUUCCCCGGGUUUAGAUUUGUUGUGCUGGAUGCCUAUGACGUGAGUCUGCUGGGUAGAGAAGAGUCCAGUGAACAGUAUGCCACUGCUUUGAAAUUGAUAAAGCUGUACAACAGCAACGAGGACCUCAACUGUCCCCCAGUACGCUGGAGUCUUGAGCAGAGGUUUACAAAGUUCAAUGGAGGCUUCAGUAAGGACCAGCUGGACUGGCUAGACUCUGUUCUGUCCUCUGCUGAUGAGAAAGGGGAAAAAGUCACUAUUGUCAGUCACCUUCCUGUCCACCCCGACUCCACAGACCCAAUCUGCCUAGCUUGGAACCACGACGAGCUCCUGGACAUCAUACGGUCCCACUUCAGCGUGGUGUGUUUCAUGGCUGGACACGACCACGAUGGCGGAUACACCCGGGAUAAACAGACAGGAGUGCACCACCUGACCUUAGAGGGGGUGAUUGAGACUCCACCGUGCAGCAAUGCCUUCGGCACGGUCUCCGUGUACGAGGACAGGAUGGUUCUGAAAGGGAAGGGGAGGAUCACAGAUAGAGUGUUUCUGUUCCCAUGAUGUCACACAAGAUUUAUUACUAAAGGGCUUUUUUAGCUGUGGAGGCAAUACUUAUGGAAUAUAUUGCCAUUUUGAGAGGUAUAUUCCAGACUGGGAAAUUUAGGGGAUGUUUAUUCCAUUCUCUAAGUAAGUCAGGGAAUUUUACACAGGUCACUUUAUGAGAAUAAGAAUAAUGCACAUGUGUACAUCCACUAUCUUGCAUCAUAAUUUUUUGGGGGGCUUAGGUUUUCCACAGCAAGCCCUGUAGUCAGCAAGCCAAAGGUAUCCAGUAAUGAACCACUGAAUUAGUUGUGUUACCAACACUAGUUAUAUUUAAAGGCCAAGGUGAGAAUACCUAAAAGAUAAAAUAUUAACAACUAUUACAAAAACCCAGACUGUCUGCUAUGUGUUUCUUAGAUGCAAGAUAUCACAUCUACUUACCUCAGUUGAACACAUACUGUACCUCAAGUAAUUUAUGGCACUUAUGAGUUUUUACUUUUUAAAAGAAGUGAAAGUGUGAAAUAUAUCUUAUCUUAUGCACUGGUUGUGUUUUAAACUGGAGGUGGAAUGAUAACGUUUGCAUAUCUGUACGCAGAUGUUUUUUUUUUUUAGGAAUUUUAUUUUCUAAUUCCGAAUUACUGCCUUUUUUGCAUGUUGCACAUAACUGACUUUCUUAUACCAUUAUUUGCUGAGCAUUGUACAACAUAGUGGUAAAUAUGAUCAGUGCAGUGUAUUGCAAUAUAUGACAUUUAUAAUUUAUAUAUAUAACCCAGUUUCCAGGUGCAAAUCUGUAUGAUUUACAAUGUUAAACAUGAUGAUGAAUAAUAAAAAUCAUUGUGUCAGCAGGU